AUGCUGCUGGUGCUUCACAUGACGCCUCCACUGCCCCGCUGCCGCUGUCCCCCGCCUGCAGCAAACGCCGACGUUCGCACAGAAGCCCUUGAUGCUACCGGUGCUUCACAUAUCACCUCCACUGCCCCGCUGCCGCUGUCCCCGCCUGCAGCAAACGCCGACGUUCGCACAAAAGCCCUUGAUGCUGCCAGUGCUUCACAUAUCGCCUCCACUGCCCCGCUGCCGCUGUCCCCGCCUGCAGCAAACGCCGACGUUCGCACAGAAGCCCUUGAUGCUGCCGGUGCUUCACAUGUCGCCUCCACUGCCCCGCGGCCGCUGUCCCCGCCUGCAGCAAACGCCGAGGUUCGCACAGAAACCCUUGAUGCUGCCGGUGCUUCACAUGUCACCUCCACUGCCCCGCUGCCGCUGUCCCUGCCUAUAGCAAACGCCAAAAUUCUUCCUGAAACACCCAAUACCGCCGCGGGUUCUCAUGCUAUCUCCACUACCUUGGUGCCGCUGUCUCUACCUGCAGCAUCCGCCGACGCUCUUAAAGAAACCGCUUCCGCAGCUAAUGAUCUAUAUAUUGCUUUUAGCAGUACUUUUGAACCACAAGUUAACUCUUCAUCGAUUCCUUUGUAA